CAUAAGUACCGUAGGGGACGAACCCAAUGCCCGUAAGCAUCGGUCGCCCCUCGCCUCGAUGCAAGUACGUACGUACUGUACCAACAAUAAAAGUCCUGCUUAGGGGUCCUUCGCUCGCAUCGAUCUAUCCACGACUAAAACCCGCCCGAAAAAAAUCAUGUCGUCCUGCCCCGCAAGCGAAGUUUUGUACCGGUACUCGUACAGUUUGUACGAGCAAGAUCCUUCGCAAUCACCACCAGUGCGAUGCCACAUUCGCGUCGCACAAAACCCCAAACCGCAAACCGCAACGGCCCACAAGAACACCACAACAGCUUCUGCGAAAGCUUCAUUCUGCUCUUCCACAACACCCAUGUCCUCCCUCCUCGAUCCCCAAUUGCUGACCGGCCUGGGCUGUGCUUCGGCCGUCUUUCUGUCCGCAGCGGGCGCCGCAUCGGCCUCGGCCCACGGCGCGGUGUACGCCCAGACCAGCAAGAUGCCCCUUCCCCUGUCCCUCGUGCCCAUCGUGCAGGCCGGGGUCCUGGCCAUCUACGGGCCGGUGAUUGCCUACCUCCUGGUGGGCCGGAUGGAGGAAUCCAUGACGGCCGGCGAGGGCUUUCGGUGCCUCUCGGCGGGCCUGUCGGUGGGACUGGCCUGCCUGGCGUCCGGGUGGGGGAUGGCGGGCUUUUUGGAGAAGCUCAACGGGGGCCUCGAUGCGCCGCUUCCGCCACCGGCUCCUCCUUCGAGGGAGGAACCGGUUACCGAGAGCACCCCGAUGCUGCCCAGGUCGGAAGGGAUCGACGCCUCGACCAGGGCUUGCUUCCGAAAAACAGUGUUGUCGCUCAUCUUUCUGGAGUCCAUUGGUCUCUAUGGACUCGUUGUCGCCCUGUUUUUGAUUGGCAAGAAGUGAAUGGAUUGGAUUGGAUUGGCCCGGAGUGAAUGUAGUGAAUGGAUUGGCCUGGAUUGGCUGGGCAGAGUUGGAUGUUGCUAUUCCUUAACGAAAUAAGACAGUAUCCGGUCA